UCUGGUCUGGCCAGACUCUGGCAGUCUGGCUGUGGAGAAGAACUACUAUUUGUCAGUCACUUUAUCAGUUUUUCUAAUUUGAUUCAAGUUUGAUUUGAUUAGAAAUUAGAGGGUAUAUACACCACAGAACGUAUUCUGUGGUGUAUACGUGAAUUAAUCAUUUGUAAUAAAAUUACACGUUUUAAGAUUUAAAUAACGGCAUAAAUGGCUGAUGAAAUUGUGUUUGACUUAUUGCAUUCGGAAAUUAUUAACUACGCCUUGGACCAGUCUAAAGAUAAUAAUGACAAAAAGGAGGUGGAUUUGUCUGUUGUUGAGUACAUAGGUUUUGCAGCUGGAUAUAAAAUAAUGGAGAGGCUUACUAGAGAGUGGCCAAGGUUUAAAGAUGAGCUUGAUACAAUGAAGUUUAUUUGCACAGAUUUCUGGACAUGUAUAUACAAAAAGCAAAUAGAUAAUCUACGUACCAACCAUCAGGGUGUCUAUGUAUUACAAGAUAAUGCUUUCCGUUUUCUUAAUAAUUUCUCCAAUGGUCAUCAGUAUUUGGAGUAUGCUCCAAGAUAUGUGGCAUACACAUGUGGUCUGAUAAGAGGAGGACUGGCUAAUCUGUGCAUCAACAGUGUGGUUACUGCUGAAGUCCAGUCAAUGCCGUCAUGUAAAUUUCACAUACAUGUUCAGAGAACAUGAUUACUUUCCUCAAAAUAAAGUUCAUUCCACUGCAAUAUUCGACUUAAUAUUAUACAAUCUUUCACUUUAAAAGACAGACACUAUAUUUAGUAUCUGUGUUUUUGCAUGCUUAUUACUGGGCUUACUGUUUAACUGUAUACUUGUAAGUUUGGUAUGACAUCAAAUCACACAACAUAAUGCAAUUUACUACUAUUCUCUGGUAUGCUCAUAAAUAUGUGAAUCUGACAAUUUUAUUGUGACUCUCACUUGGCCAUCUUGUAUUAUUUUUUUAUUUUACUUUAUAAAGACAUGUUUCUUGUAUGAUAUUAGUUGUUGGUAAAUAAGUUAUUAAUAACAUCAUCUGUGAAAAAGUUAA